AUGUCAACAGAUAUAGUACCAGAUAACACCUUUACUCGAAUUGUGAUAUUAUAUGUUAUGAUAGCAGGAGCAGUAUUUCUUCCCUCAAACUUAUCAGAACUUCUUGAUCUUAUUAGACAAAGAUCAAAAUAUUCUCGUCCAUAUAAACCUGAAUUUAAUAUGAAGCAUAUCCUUGUCACUGGAGAUUUUGAUGGGACCAGUCUGUACGAAUUUCUACGUGAAUUUUUUUGUCAAGAUCAUGGUUUGGAUACAAUGAAUACUGAAGUUGUUGUGUUAAAUCCUGAAGAGCCAGAAGAUGAUAUUGCAUUAUUGUUAGAGGAUCCUGCGUUUACCACCAGAGUACAAUAUGUCAAAGGGUCAAUAACUUCACGUCAAAGUCUUGAGAAAGUUAGGCUUGAUAUCGCCAGUGUAGUAUUUAUAUUAUCUAAAAAAUUUUCUAAAAAUGAUGAUGAAGAUGAUGCAGCACAAAUAUUAAGAACAUUGGCUAUUAAGAAAUAUAAUAAUAAAAUACCAUUAUAUGCUCAAAUUCACUUACCUGAAAAUGUGCCACAUUUUGAUUUCUUGGCCAAUGAUGUGAUUUGUAUAGAUGAAAUAGCAAUGGGGUUAAUGGCUCAAAGUUUAAUAAUUCCUGGUUUCUAUUCACUCAUUGUAUUGUUGACAACUUCCGUCACUAAAAAAGUAACAAAUAAUUUAAUUUCUAGUGCAAAAAAGAAACAAGGAUUGCAUUGGGCACUUGAAUAUAUUAAUGGGAUUAAUCAAGAAAUUUAUGCUGUAACAUUCCCAAAGGAUUUUAUUGGUAAAACAUUUCUAGAAUGUUCAGAACUAGUUUAUAACCGAUUAGGGGCAGUUUUAUUUUCAAUUGGAAUUUACAGAAUAACACAAAGUUCCAAGGAAUCAUUUAAACAAUUACCACCAAACGCCUCACCAUUUCAAAUAUUUUUAAAUCCACAAGAUUAUGUUAUAGAAGGAAACGAGAUUGGGUUUGUGAUUUGUGAUAAUGCUGAGAUAACUAUUAAAAUGGCUCGAUUCGUUGAACAUGUUCAAACUCCCUACAAAUACACGAGUUUAUCUUUUAUAACUCAGUCUGCGCAUGAUUUAUUUGCAAAGAAAAACGGUGAAAGUAGAAAUAUUAAUGAUGAUACUCAAACUGAAAAUAAUUUAGAUCAUACAAAAUUAAAAAUUAAAGCUACUGGAGAUGACAUUGAUGACGGUGGAGAACCAUCGGAUUUGCAAUCAAAUGUGAUUGAUUCAGAAAUAAUACAAAAUAAUAUAGACAAUGCAGCUGCUUAUUGCUUCAAUGAAAAAUCAGAAAUUCCGCAUGUUAAAGAUCAUGUUUUAAUUUGUAAUUAUAGUGAAAAUUUUCCUGCUAAUCUUGACAUCUUUAUGAUGGUUCUCCGUGGGGAAAAAACUUCCACCAAACAUUCACCAAUAGUUAUCUUAUCUCCCAACGAACCCGAUGAUUACCAAAAAAGGUCUUUGUCAAAAUUUAAUCCUGUCCAUUUUAUUAAUGGAUCUCCUUUAAGAAGAAAAGAUUUGUAUAAAGCGAGAGUUAAUUAUGCAAAUAAAUGUAUUGUAUUAAGUGAUUCCUGUAGAUAUGAAGAAGCUUCUAAUGGAACUGCAGACGCUGUCUCGAUAAUGAUUGCUUUGAAUAUUGAAUCCAUGGCAGCAAAUGAAGAAUGUUUUGUGGUUGUAGAGUGUAUUUAUCGUGAAACAUUUAAGAUGAUUGGUGAAAGUGAUUCUGUAAAAAAUGAAGAAGAUGAUUAUGCUAUCGUAAAACGUCUUAUAUUCAGUCAUGACCCUUAUAAUAAAAUGUCAACUCCAAAAUUCAAUAAUGCUCAAGAUGAUGAAUGGCAAAGUUUGAAAAUUAGUUCUGGUCACAUGUAUCAAAUUGAUAUUCCUUCUUCAUUUAUUGGCAAGGAAUAUCAUUUAUUUUUUAAUUUCCUGAUUAAAGAACAUAAAGCUGUACCAUUAGGACUUUACAGACUUACUCAACAUGAAGCUGUACCAACCACCACAACUGUACCAACCACCACAACUGUUACCACCACAAUCACUACAACUGUUCCCAUCACCACCUCCACCACAACCACUACAACUGUGGCAUGUCUUACUCGUGGUCAACCUUGUGACCUUAGUAACCCUGGGGAAUGUUACAGUCUAGCAUGCAUUAGCGACUUCGGAUGUGCAUAA